CUCCAACGUGAGCGCGUCCAGAGAGGAUCUGUAGAAAAUGGCGAGUCUGUGCAAGAGGCAGCAAUGCACUGUCGAGAGGCGCGGCUUUCGGCAGGAACUUGACUCGUGGCGACAUAAACUCAUUCACUGUGUAGGUUUUGAGAGUAUUCUGGAGGGUCUCUUUGGUCAAGGCCUUGUAGAAGACCUCAAAUUGUUCAAAGCCUGUGAGCCCGAAGCAGUGUCUGAUUGGUCGUUUGAUGAGAACUGUCUCUUCUGCUGCCUCAAGAGGGAUAAAGUAAAGGAACAUCUUGUAUGCCUCAGCAACGAAGGGCUUGAAGAAACAGUGAAGCCGCUGCUGCUCAACGACCAGACCAAAAUCAACAGACUAGAGCAGCAGGCUGAAGAGUUCCUCAAUGCAGUCCUUUGCAGAAAAGAUGUUCCGAGCUUCUCCGACCCGCACAUCCCCGUGGUAGCCCGGGAGAUCAUGCAGAGGAUGAUCCGCCAGUUCGCCGCCGAAUAUACCUCAAAGACCAGCACUUCUCAGGACCCCCUCCCGGACCGGCAGCCCUGCUCGGUCCAAAGCCUGCCCCGCCCGCCCUCCUACCCCCCCGUGCCCCCCUGCACCAGCCCGUCGGGCGCCCCCCCGGCCGCCGCCGCCGCGCACAACCAGAACCCCGUCCUCAGCAAGCUGCUCAUGGCCGACCAGGAAGCCCCCCUGGACCUCACCGUCAAGAAGCCCAAGGCCGAGCCCACGGAACAAGACGGGGUCCUUGACUUGUCUCUCAGAAAGAACCGCUACAGCAGCCGCCCUGUCCCCAGCCCGUACACGUCCGCAAGCACUCCAACAGUCAAGGGGCGAUCGUUGAGAGCGGACGGACGAGUCGGGCUGUUUAUGAGGAGGCUACAGGAGGGGAGGAGGGACAAUGUCGGCCGCUCCGCCUAUUAUAAGCCUUUCCAUCGUCUUGCGUAUUCGCUGCACAUCAAAGAGGAGGUUGGUCUGGCUCAGGAGAGUGACCCCGAGUCACCUCCCAGCCAGAACCACGGCUCUCGGAGCCCCGCCCUCGCGGCCGAUCGCUCGCCGCCAGCGCUCUACUCUAACACUCAUUUCGGAGCCCUGCUCAAACUGCGGGCCAGCCGCCCGUCCAGCGAGCACCUCAAAGACCUGCCCCGGCUGCUGGAGGCCAGCGGGCUGUGGCCCAGGCCGCUGGGCGCCGCAGGGGAGCCCCUCCUGCAGGACGGCUUCGGGGAGCCGGGCCUCGCCGCGUCCCAUUUGACCUCCUUCGACCUCAAGAUUCCUCAGGUGCGCGGUCUGUCGACGGGCAAAGAGCCGCCGUGGUGUUCCCUGGAGAACGGCCUGGGGAAGGCUCUCGCCUCGGAGCCGCUCUGUAAGGACCGAGGCGAGGUCCGUCCUCUCCCAGGGGCAGAGAAGGACUACUGGCACUACGAAGCCCACCAGCCGGGCGCCGGGGGGGGCUGUGGCGCGCUGGACUCUGAGUCAGACCUCAGCUCCAAGCAGCCCAGGAAGAAGAGGGGUCGCUACCGGCAGUACAACACGGAGCUGCUGGAGGAGGCCAUCGUGGUGGUGAUGGGCGGCAAGAUGAGCGUGUCCAAAGCCCAGUCGGUGUACGGCAUCCCCCACAGCACCCUGGAGUACAAGGUCAAGGAGCGCCUGGGCACGCUGAAGCACCCCCCCAAGAAGAAGCUGAGGCUGAUGAGCCAGGCGGAGGACGCCCUGGACUCCCACGAGGGCAGAGGGGACUCCCCCGAGGCCAGAGGGGACCCCCAGGACCCCCCCGGGGGCAGAGGGGACCCCCAGGAAGCCCGGGACGCUGCCUCCCAGCAGGACUGUCCUCCCAUGGAGGACGGGACUCCGGUUCACAGUUCAGGGCUCACUCCAGAUGAGUAUGGUACCAUGAAACCAAAAGGUCCUGAUGAUGAUGAAGAUGAGUAUAGUACCAUGAAACCAAAAGGUCCUGAUGAAGAUGAGUAUAGUACCAUGAAACCAAAAGGUCCUGAUGAUGAUGAUGAAGAUGAUGUUGACGAUGAGUUGUUGUAAAAAGAGA